UUCUGUCUGCUUGCCUUACUUUUACCCUGCAGUAAAUAUCUGUUAUUGUGUCUUUGGGCUUCUCACAGCUAAAUUAGACAAAUGUUGCCUUUUUGUGGCAGGGUUUGCCCAAGUCCCCGCUGACCAAGGCCUGCAGCACAGACAGUCCUAGUGGUGUGGCCAGCUCUGACAGCUUGACCUCUCUCUUAGGCAUGGCAGGAGGACAGAAAAAACCUGCUGCUCUGCACAUGGACUUUUACUCGGACAGCGACUCAAGCCGCGGCAACCUCAGCAUCAACGAAGAGGCCACUGGUGGUGGUGGCAGCGGGUCCGGUCAGACUCUGGCAUCAUCGUCUGGUCAGUCGUACCAAGACGUCUUUUCUCAGGCGCGACAACAGCAGACGGCGUCUCCGACAGCUGGACCAGGACGCAGACGCCACGGAUCAAACACCGACGAGAAUAGCCCUGGUGGUGCGGCGAAUAAGACCAGCACACAGGGGAGUGAGGUCAGUUUGGGUCGGUUGAGGCAUCCUAGUGGCGACGGGGAAGACGCCGGUCAGAGUGGGGGCGGUAGCGGCAUGCCUGGCGCCCCGCCCCACACGGCCAACAGGAUCAUGGUGCUACAGAUCAGCCAGCAGGACAUCUCUCUGAUCUGCCUGGAGAAAAAGACGCCUAUCCUCGAACGAUACUUCAAGGACAUUUCUUUUGUGUCACAGGGGAGCCACAAGCAGGAAGUGUUUGGCAUCGUGGUGCGAGAGUCCAGCUCCAUGUUCAUCUGCUACUUAGUCAAGUGUCUCACGGACUCAGUGGUUUCGGAAAUCAUGAGCACUCUCCAGACAGCGUUCACUGCUGCCUACAGCAAAACAGGAUCUACAGCCGGAGGAGGGGCAGGGGGAGGAACUGGUGGCAGCAGUGGGACCGCAGGCAACACCCCUGUCACGCCCACCACCCCAGGCACCGCCCCCAACGAGCUGUGCACCUCAUGCCCCCUCCAUCAGCUGCAUCGGCUAUGUCAGGAAAUCACAACUGACUCAUCGACAAAGGAUGGUCACACUUGCCCAGAUGAUGGAACAAAAAUCACAAACUGUGACUAUAGUGAAAAUGGCACCAGCCUUCAGAUCAAUGCAAGCCUAUAA